GGAGUACUGCUGUACCUUUAGACACAAGAGACUCACAUCAGUCACAGUAACAGUCAAGAAACACUUACAAAUCUCCAGAAAAUGAAGAUCUGUGGGAUAUGCCUAUUCAUUGUACUGCUGUGUACAGUUCGGGAACUCUGCGCAACAAAUGCUUUAAACGUGCCAGAUGAAUGCUGCUUCUCCUUCUAUCCCAAAAGGCUGCCAAUAAAAAGCAUUUCACAUUUGAAAACAACGAGCAGCACUUGUCCUGUUGCAGGCGUAAUAUUUGUUACAAAAAAAGGAAAUAAAGUCUGUGCAAAAACAAAUGAAAGCUGGGUAAAGAAAUAUGUGCAACACUUCACUGAACAAAAUUCAAAGAAGUAAAUGAAGAAGAGGAUGAUGAUGUGUGAUAAAGUAUCAAUCGACAUAACAAUGACAAUAAAAAUGAUUUUAACCUGUGAGUUUGCAGUCCUGAGCAGGAUGAGUGGGUUAAUGGAAGGAAAACACUGUGGAUGGUUAUUAUAGACAGCAAGCAGACAUAACUCAUUAAAGCACAAUAACUAAUGAAUUAUAAUGUACAUGAAUAGAGCAGAAGUGGGCAGAGCUGUGGAACUUAUACAAAAAAAAUAUUUAAAGCUUUUUAGGUCUUGAAAAUUCAACUGAUGUAUUCAUUUUUUACUGUAACACGACUACUACAAUUGCUCAUUUAUAUUUUGCAUAAUUCUUGUAUUUGUAUUUU